AUGCCGUGGAAGAUAAUGGUUCGAGCUUCUUCAUAUCACUACCCUUCUGGAUUAAGGUAUACAGUAGACCACUGUUUAGCCUUUUUUGUGUAUUUCGUUUUAUCAAAAACGUUCCUUGCUGUCGUAAGUGAAGAAUCAACGAUUUUUACAAACUGUGGAGGAACAUUACACGAUCCAAAAGGCAUUAUUUUUACACCAAACUUUCCUAAUGCUUACCCAAUUCCAAUUAGUUGUAAAUGGAAGAUCGAAGCACCGGGGAACCAAAUGAUAGCCAUCUAUUUUACACAGUUCUAUAUGCGAGAAGGACUUCGUGCUACCGAAUACGCUUACUUUGAAGAUGAGUCUCAUUACAUGGGCAAGACAGAUUUAGGUAUUUUUAGCUUCGACUCGCAUCUUAACCAUUUAGUAACGAACAAGACUAUUCUAGUGCUAGAUUUUACGGUUAUAGAACAAGGUAACAUACAUUUGCGGGUUAUUGAUCUUUUUCUCGAUGUUUACGGAUUUAACAUCACUUACGAGAUGAUCACCAAGAAUGAAUAUCAUGCAGAUCCUUGUAUUAACAACCACUGCACUUUCAAUGGCAACUGUCUUGCUUCUGCGGAUUUCUCUUCCUACCAGUGUCAAUGUUUGCAAGAAUACUACGGAGACGAAUGCCAAUAUUCACCAAAAUGUGGUCCUGAAGCAGAAUCGGUCAUAUGCUAUAAUGGAGGAACAUGCAGGCAUUACAUUGGAUCCAGAUUUCGCAUGUGUAACUGUCCUCCAGGAUAUGAAGGAACACGGUGCGAGAAAAGAGUUAAAGAAGAUCCAUUCAUCAGCAAGGAAUACUUCGAUGAAGGUACGGACAGUUAA